AUGUUAAGCCUAAGCAGAGUGGGUUUUGACCGGUGUGAUGGUUCGGGAGCACAGGUACAGAUGGUAUGGUUCAGUAACACAGGUACAGACGGGAUGGUUCGGGAGCACAGGUACAGACGGUAUGGUUCAGUAACACAGGUACAGACGGGAUGGAUCGGGAGCACAGUUACAGACGGGAUGGUGUGGGAUCGGGAGCACAGGUACAGACGGGAUGGACGGAGUGAGUCUAACCAGUUCCACCGUCGCCUGCAGGUACUAGUUGAGUGGAGCGGAGUCCGGCUGCAGAAUCCUCUCCUCAGAGCUGUCACUACAGUGUCCAGGCUGUGGUUGGCGUGA